CUCUGCCCCAUUCACCGGAAGUUGGACAUCAUACACGGGGAAAGAUCUGUCCCUCUGAUAUUUGGAAGUCUCCCGACUCGUGGUAAUUCUAACUACGGGUUAAUAACUUUCAUAAACCUUAGGAUGGUCGAACUACUUUUUAUUUCGCUUGAAGUCGCUGAUUUACUCGCCAGGACUGCUGUUCGAGCCUUCAAGCUAUUUAUGUUAUAUGGGCUUUCUAGCAUACCUCUUUUACUCUUUGGAAGUCGCGCUACAUGGCGAAUAGAAGCGCAGGUUAUAGGCCAACUCAAAGAGGAGGAUGCGAUGACUUUCAAGAAAUCGAUCCUUGAUGAAUGCACUAUGAUUGCAGUUGCUGCAGCUAUUGUGGCCCAAAUUGCUAUUACGGGAUUGUCAUUAGAUUCUUUAAGCCAGACUCAUUGGGUUGCUCGAGGAGCUUUUGUGCUUAGCCUAACGACUUCUCUCAUGGCAGUCUACUAUGCCACUACCCAGCAACGCAUGUUGGGACGGUUACUUCAAGCAGAACAAGUGAGGCUUUGGAUUCGUGGGGGUAGACGUAUCAUGGAUACCGGGAGGCUCGUUCCUUCUUUGGGUGAAAUCGCCCAAAAAAUCAGUAAUAAAUUCGAACGCCAAUCCAUGAUUGGUGAACAAACUCGCGCUGAACAUCAAGCACAACUUGAAGCACGCCUACCUAGGACAGAAGACGCUCGUCCUAGUGACCAGAGGGAUCUUAUUUUCCUCGAGAAGUUCUAUUACUAUUCUAACCUUUUACUUGGGCCGCUGGCUCGGUUUAUGAUAUAUACUGCAGUUGGGAUACGUCUCGACUUUAUACCAAGCGAUCCCGACGACUUCAACCCAACUGAGAGAGAUCGGAGGAAUUUCAAAAGAAGCAUCAUCAGCCAGUGCUUCACUCCUAGCGCAGCCUCCGUAAUCACAGUUUCGGCUCCUCAAAUGCUCCUCACAACCUCGCUUUGCUCCCUGCUGAUUGGCUUCGGUAUAUAUUUUGGGUUCCGCUGGACCAAAAGCCUCGACCAGACUGCUGGCCUAAACGACAGCCGGAACGUGUUCAUCACAUAUAUCACUAGCUUGGUAAUUUCUAUUCUCGUAUAUUCGAUCUCCCAGCUCUUCCAGGAUGAUGACAAGCGUCCUGAACUUGCGAUUAUGGAAGGUUACCUCAAGGAGUAUGCGGAGAACAAUCCCGAAAUAGUGAAUAAAUGGGGUGUUAGGGCUGAAAUUGUUGAAGGAGUAUUGAAUUUCCAUUCUAUAGAGGCUCAGAGCUAUAGAGGAACUUCGUCUGAAACAGAGCAGAAUCCUCAAGAGAAUGGGUCUCUAUACUCAUUAGGGAUUGAACUUGGGAAUCUUCCUGCAGUGGAAAGGAGUGCUAGUGCCGAAAUUGUUAAAGGAGUGGAGGCUCAGAGCUCUAGAGGAACUACAUCAUAAACAUAAAUAGAGCAGAAUCCUUAAGAGAAUGGAUCCUAUACAGCAGGGAUUGAACCUGAAGGUCUCCCUGCAGUAGAAAGACGCCGAACAAAUCGACGAGAUAAUAAAAUUCAUGCCGAAACAAGCGCAUGUGCAGUAUUAAGAAGAUGCCAACAUCAUCGGCCCCUGGAAGUAGUCGUUAUAAUUAACUCGGUGAAUCGUUAGAAAUGGCUUCUCUCCACGAAGUUGUAGAGCGCUAGAAGGAUAAUAAGCACGU